AUGCACAGAACUUAUUCCUUAAGAUCCCAAAAGGCUCCAACUGCCGCACAAUUACAAUCUCCACCUCCACCAACUUCGACUACCAAGUCCAAGUUUUUUGGUAAGAGUGGAAUUGCUUCUACCUUCAGAAAGACAGUUGCUGGUUCAACUGGACCUGAAUUAUCCAGAAAGUUGGCUCAAUACAUUAAAAUUGAAAAGAAUGUUAUGAGAGCCAUCGAAUUGACCGCUAGAGAAAGAAGAGAUGUCGCUAAGCACUUGUCCGCAUGGGGUGAAGAUAACGACGAUGAUGUUUCUGAUGUUACUGACAAAUUAGGAGUUUUAAUUUAUGAAAUUGGUGAAUUAGAAGACCAAUACAUUGACAAGUACGAUCAAUACAGAAUCACCUUAAAGACCAUCAGAAAUAUCGAAGCUUCCGUCCAACCAUCCAGAGACAGAAAGCAAAAGAUCACCGAUGAAAUUGCUCACUUGAAGUACAAGGACCCACAAUCUCCAAAGAUUCCAGUCUUGGAACAAGAAUUGGUCAGAGCUGAAGCUGAAUCUUUAGUUGCUGAAGCCCAAUUAUCUAACAUCACCAGAGAAAAGUUGAAGGCUGCUUACAAUUACCAAUUUGAUGCUACCAGAGAAUUGGCUGAGAAAUACGCUUUAAUUGCCGGUUACGGUAAGGCUUUAUUGGAAUUGUUAGAUGAUUCCGCUGUCACUCCAGGUGAAACCAGACCAGCUUAUGAUGGUUAUGAAGCUUCUAAGCAAAUCAUUAUCGAUGCUGAAAAUGCUUUAGCCGCUUGGACCUUGGACUCUGCAGCUGUCAAGCCAACUUUGUCUUUACACCAAGACUAUGAAGAUGAAGAACCAGUUGAAGGCGAAGCCGUUGCUGAUGCUGAAGAGCAAUGGGCUGAGCAUGAUGAUGUUGUUGAAGAAGCUAAGUAA